UCAGAAGAAGACCGUAAUGGGAACGUAGAAUUUGAAGGGAAAUAGCAGUAGCUGUUUGUCACUAUUUUAAAAUGAUCUUAUAAGGAAUAAUGGAGUGAACACCGUGGUGUAGGACUAAGACGAGAAUUCACUGCUGUGUCUGUUUGAGGAUCAGGGAGAUUGCCUGUCUCUUAUUUUCCAGAGGAUAUAAUCGCCGUUUCCCCAUUCCUUCCCCGCUCUCUCUAUAUUGCGCACACACAGUGUUGGUUUCAAGCAGGCCGAGAUGGAGACUCUUAUUCCCAUCAUUAACCGGCUUCAAGAAGUCUUCCUUACUGUUGGUGCUGAGGUCAUUCACCUGCCCCAGAUCGUGGUGGUUGGAACACAGAGCAGUGGCAAGAGCUCGGUUCUGGAGAGCUUGGUGGGACGGGACUUUCUGCCCCGGGGUUCAGGGAUAGUGACACGGAGGCCCCUGGUGCUACAGCUUGUCAACGUCCCCCCUUUGGAAGAAAGAACGCACGCAGACAACGGAAAUGGGACAAAACAAAAGUCUCAGAACAGCUACCCAGGGAUCAAAGCUGAAGAAUGGGGCACGUUCCUCCACUGUAAAAACCAGAUAUUUACGGAUUUCGGUGAAAUCCGCAAGGAGAUUGAGGAAGAGACGGCUCGCCUCUCUGGGGACAACAAGGGGAUCAACUCAGAGCCCAUCCAUUUAAAGAUCUUCUCUCCUCAUGUCCUUAAUCUCACUUUGGUGGACCUUCCGGGUAUCACCAAGGUCCCAGUGGGCGACCAACCCGAAGACAUUGAAAGUCAGGUGCAAGAGAUGAUCCUAUCCUUCAUCUCCAACCCCAACUCACUCAUCCUCUCGGUGUCGCCCGCCAACUCUGACCUGGCCACGUGUGACGCCCUCAAACUGGCUCGAGAGGUGGACCAAGAUGGUCGUAGGACUCUGCUCGUGGUCAGUAAGCUGGACUUAAUGGACGCCGGUACCGAUGCUCUGGAGGUUCUCCUGGGCCGGGUCAUUCCCGUUCGGUUGGGCAUCAUUGGGGUGGUUAACAGGAGCCAGCACGACAUUAACACGCGGAAGAGCGUGGCGGACUGCGCGCGGGACGAACAGGCCUUCCUGCAGCGCCACUACCCCUCCCUGGCCUCUCGCUGCGGCUCACGCUACCUGGCCCGCAGCCUGAGCCGGCUGCUCAUGCACCACAUCCGCGACUGCCUGCCCGAGCUCAAGACCCGGGUCAACGUGCUGAGCGCCCAGUACCAGGCCCGGCUCAGCAGCUACGGCCAGCCCGUGGAGGACCACAGCGCCACCUUGCUGCAGAUCGUCACCAAGUUCGCCAGUGACUACUGCAGCACCAUCGAGGGCACCGCCCGCUACAUCCAGACCUCCGAGCUCUGCGGGGGAGCUCGUAUCUGCUACAUCUUCCACGAGACGUUCGGGCGCACGCUGCAGUCUAUUGACCCCCUGGGUGGCCUGACUGAGAUGGACAUCCUCACUGCCAUCCGCAACGCCACGGGUCCGCGCCCUGCUCUUUUUGUGCCGGAGGUCUCCUUCGAGCUGCUGGUGAAGAAACAGAUUAAGCGUCUGGAGGAGCCGAGUCUCCGCUGUGUGGAGCUGGUGCACGAGGAGCUCCAGAGAAUCAUCCAGCACUGCUCCGCCUACAGCACACAGGAGCUAUUACGCUUUCCAAAACUGCACGACUCCAUUGUGGAGGUGGUGACCGGUCUACUGAGGAAGAGACUGCCCGUCACCAAUGAGAUGGUGCAUAACUUGGUGGCGAUAGAGCUGGCCUACAUCAACACGAAACACCCAGACUUCACUGACGCUGCUCAGGUUUCCGCUUCGGUCAACAGCCAACAGACAGAGACCCUCCAGGAUGGAGGGAAGCGCUGGAAGACUGAAAAAGCGGUGGAGGAGAAGCCAGCGGGGGAAAAGAGCAAGGCUUCAGGGUCUGCCUUCAGCAGCCCCACCAAGGGUCAGGCCAUCAACCUGCUGGACACGGCUGUGCCUGUGUCUCGCAGACUGAGCGCUCGGGAACAGCGGGACUGCGAGGUCAUCCAGCGCCUCAUCAAGUGCUACUUCCUCAUCGUCCGCAAGAGCAUCCAGGACAGUGUACCCAAGACGGUGAUGCACUUCCUGGUGAACCACGUGAAGGAGCGACUGCAGAGUGAGCUGGUGGGGCAGCUGUACAAACAGCCCCUCCUGCGAGAUCUGCUUAUAGAGUCUCAGGACACGGCGCAGCAGAGGACAGAGGUCGCGCAGAUGCUGGAGGCUCUUCAAAAAGCCAGCCAGAUCAUCUCUGAGAUCCGGGAAACACACCUGUGGUAGCCAGACACCAGCCUGGGGAGGACCGUACCAUGCCCUUACCGGAGGCAUGUCCAAUAGUGUGUGUGUGUGUGUGUGUGUGUGUGAGAGAGGUUGUGUGUAUGUGUGAGUGUGCACGUGGAUCGAUCUCAUACCAACAGGCACACCACCUGCUGGUUUGUGGGGCAAUGCAUUUUGGGGUUAUUAAUCCAGUUGGCCAAAGAAAUAUGGCUAAUUGAAAAUUUCUUCUCUGGUUUGAGAGCUAAACACUGAGGCUGUUUGUGUUUCAUGUGAGAAUAACAUCUUAGGGUUGUACUGGGUCAAUGCAUUGAGGCAGAAAUGGCUUCUGCCAUCGAUAAGAAAUCAGGAUUAAACAUAUUCCAUCAUUAGGAAAGUUUGCUUAACACAACACCAUUAAAGUUUAAUCCCAUGUCUGGCAAUGACAGGCUAGUUAUACUUGUCAGGUUUCUCAAUCAAUAGUCCCAUUCACAGACCACUGCAGAAUAUUGUGAUUGGUUGUAUAUAACCAAACGACAAAUACGGAUUAAGUUCUGGGACAGUUCUGUAAACAAACCACCUAUUUUAGUACUGAUGCAAAACCAAAUAAUGGGCUUGCAUUUUAUACAUCGAUUUUAAUUCCAAAUUCUAAUUCAAUUAGCAUGAAGCAUGAUGUCACUGUGAAGGGAAAACACAUCUAAAUAUAAUGGCUAUUCUUUAACUGCAUCCCAAACUUUAACCUUGCAUAAACUUUCCACUGGUUCGGUCUCUUCUUGGUAUAUUUUUCUAUGGCUAAAGGUUGUUAUUGUUAUUUGAGUGCUUUGCCAAGCACAACAAAAUUACAUGGUGGAGGCAGAAAAAUGGAGACUGUGUGAUAUAUGGUGUAUGAUGUGUUUACUUUUGUUGGGAUUGAUAUCCAUGUAAUAAGAACAUUCCCUUUCUCUCCAGCACCCCUCAAUUACCUCUAUCCUUUCAAGAGAAAGUAUCUCUUGUAUGGAGUGAUGCAUGAUGCUUGCAUUGCAUAAUAUAAUGGGCAGCUACCACAAUUCAGUCAUGUUUGGCAUUUAUAUUUAUAUAGUGGACUCAUGUCCACUGUAUACUUCUGAAGAGCUUAUGAACAACCACUUGAACAUAGAAACUGUAUCGUUUGUGAAAUAUCAUGGUAGAUUUAGCAUUCAAACCAAAGUAGAUAUUAUGGAUCCCAACAGUACAAGGAGUCUGUGGAACAAAGAGUUCAUGCAUAGGAAUGGAUGUUGUACAAGUAGAUUGGAAGAUGCCUUUGUGAGAUAUGAGACGUAAUGUUUGCACAAGUUCAUUUCUUAGAUUUUUUUUCUUCUGACUUGCACAGCUGUGUUCCCAUAGAGGGUGCAUAGAAGUUAAGAGCUACAGGUUCAUGCUUUUGAACUUAACUUCCAAUGAGUGCCGUUGCACAACAUUUUGCCCAUAGAACUCAUUCCAGGUGUCUCAGGGACAGAUGGGAAGCCCAGUUAAAUGAGGUCACUCACCCAUAGGGACUUUGGGUCCUUCAUACUGCAGUUCACCUGGUCCAUUAAAACCUUGUGCAGAGGAAAGUCCUUCUGUUGGUGCACUUAUAUGUGUUUGCAUAUGUAGUUGUCUGCCCCAUUAUAAAUGUUGAUCCCCAAGAAUGUUCCUCUAUCUUAGCCUUUCAUUGACUUUGUGGAUUUUCUGGCACUGGAAUUGAGAUUGUUAUAUAUUUUUCUACCCAAGAUAAGAUGGUAGAAACAAGCCAAAAGACAAGGAAGUGGUUCAUUGUAUGUGCUUUUGAUUGUGUCAUUGGUUACAGUUUGCUGAAGAGAAUAAACCCUAUACUGUUAGAAGUUGAUGAAAAGGACCAUCUAUCAGAUACACUGCCUUCAACAUAGGAAGACAGUGCACAUCUAUAUUUAUGUACGUAGGUGUAUGUUUUUAGGUGUGACUGAGUAUGCAUUUUUGUAUUGUGAUUUUGUUAUAAAUUAACUGCCUGAAAGUGCUUGCCUGCCAAUUUUUGUGGUACUCCGUGGUGUAACGAUGUCUGUCCUGAUAGUAUGAUAAGGGGGAACCAUUAAAACCAUGUGAGAACACA